AUGAUGUUUAAUCGGUUUCUUGCACCAUGUUGUAAAGAUUAUGCAUGUGAUUGUUGUUUAACUCCUGAUGAAAUUAUUAAUAAAGAUAUAAAUAAAAGUCUCGAACGAAUACGUCGAAAAAAUUUCAAUGAAAGAAAAUUACUUCUCUUAGGAAAUGCCGAAGCUGGAAAAUCAACAUUUCUUAAACAAAUGAAAUUAAUUCAUGGCCGAGGUUUUAGAAUUGAUGAAAAACGUCGACUUGUACCAUUUAUUUAUCGACAAAUACUCAGUGUUGUUCGAUGUAUUUGUCGACAAAUGAAUAUUCUUUGUAUUAGAUUUCAUGAUGAUCAAAAUGAAGAAUAUGCUCGUAUAUUAAAUUCACAAAAUGGUGAUGAUGAUGACUAUGGUAUACCAGCAUUAUCACCUCGUAUAGUUGAAGCUAUUAAACAUGUAUGGUCUGAUGAAGGUGUUAAAACAUGUUAUCGUCGACGUCGAGAAUAUCGAUUAACUGAUUCAGCUAAAUAUUUUUUGGAUGAUAUCGAAAGAAUUUCAGCACAAAAUUUUACACCAACUGAUGAUGAUAUAUUAAGAGUUCGUAUUCCGACAACAGGUAUUGUACAAGAAGAUUUUCAAUUUGCUCGUGUUCAACUUCGAAUUGUCGAUGUUGGUGGGCAGAAGACAGAACGUCGAAAAUGGAUUCAUUGUUUUGAUAAUGUCACAUCAAUUAUUUUUCUUGCAUCUCUCAUCGAAUAUGAUCAAAAGGUUGAUGAUCCUGAUGAACAAAAUUUAUUGGAAGAAAGUUUAGCAUUAUUUCAUGUUAUUCUUUCAUCCGAUUAUUUUUCUAAUGCAUCUGUCAUACUUUUUCUUAAUAAAACUGAUCUAUUUCCAGAACGUCUUGCCAACAAACCACUUCGAUGUACUUAUCCAGAUUUUGAAGGUGCAGAUACUGAUGUUGAUGCUGCAAAAGAUUUUAUUAAAAAUAAAUAUUUACGUCUAGUACCACCAAGAGAAGGAUAUGCUGAAAAAAAUAUUUAUCCUCAUUUUACAUGUUCCGUUGAUAGUAAAAAUAUUCGAAUUGUUUUUGAAUCGGUCAAAGAUACAGUCCUUGCAUAUAACCUUUACUAUUGGACACCAUAUUAA